CCAUCAUUUGACAAACUCUCCAAAAACUCUCCAAAAACUCUGUAUUCUAUUCUGCGCACAAAAUUCAUUCUUCCCCAUGGGUUCCGUUGUUCUUCCCCACCUAAACACCGGCUGGCUUGUUGACCAGACCAUAUUGACCGAGGAAGACCGCCUAGUGGUCAUCCGUUUUGGACGUGACUGGGACCCGGACUGCAUGCGACAGGAUGAGGUUCUCUACCGCAUCGCCGAUAGAGUCAAAAACUUCGCUGUUGUCUACGUUUGCGACAUCGACAAAGUCCCCGAAUUCAACAAGAUUUACGAGCUCUACGACCCCAUGACCGUCAUGUUCUUCUUCCGUAACAGACACAUGAAGUUUCUGGAGGAUAAACAGGAGUUAAUUGGCAUCAUCGAGGCCAUCUACCGGGACGCUAGGAGGGGUCGUGGUCAAGCGGUUUCGCCCAAGGACUACAGUACUAGUUACAGGUAUUAG